AUGCCAAAAAAUUUAAACUUAUUCGGGAAAUAUUUAAGAAGGCUUGGGAAGACCCACAAGAAAGGCUUCAAAAAGAAGCAGAUAAUUCACCCAGUUCCGGUGAAGGCCUAUGGCAGAGUACCAUCAGCAGCAUCACAGACAGGUCUGUACCAUGAUGAAGAUUAUAAUUAUUACACAAAGGUAUCCUACUCGUUAAAGAAGACGAGAAUUAAGUUAAAGCCAAACGUUUUUAAAAAACACAUAGUUAGUAAUAUAUUAAAUACCAUCAUCCCAAAUGUGAAGGUAACAACGAGUGCACUACAUGCUAUGGAUGACGCGGGGGGAUUUGAUAACUAUAUUUUAAGGACGCCUCCAGAGGAACUUCGCUCAAACUAUGGAGAAAAAUUAAAAAGUGUCAUGUAUUUUUAUAUGUCCCAUCCAAAUGUUAGAUCUUUUUCUCUUCCUUGGAAAAUUUUUAUGAACAGAUUUCAACAAAGUGAUUAUUACUACGCCAUUUAUCAGCACCUACGAAAGAAAAGACUCCACGAACUUUACAUGAAAAAACAGUCUGCUCAGUUUUCUCCGUACUACUUACCGAAUGAAAAAUAUUUACACCCGCAGAGACAGCCAUUUUCUAUUAACACAGAAGUUAGCAAUCUCAAUUUGUGGUAUAAUAAAAAUAAAUUAUUGAGGAAGGCCUUUGUAGAUAAAUUGAAGCAGGCCAAAUCAUUUGAUAAGGCCUACACGGAUCACCACUUCUUGGACAGUUAUAGAACUGGCAGAGGCCGUGGUGGAGGUGGAAAGCACGGGUGCACGCCGAGGAAGCGUUCCAAGACGUAUAAGUACUUUGAGAUUAGACCGUACUAA